AUGGCUUGCACUGCAGCAAAAGGAAUCAUGGGAAAUGCCGUAACCGAUCCAAAAUGUAGAAAGUGCCAUUGCAAGAGAGUCCAUAGAGCACAUUGUAUCCUCAUGCCACGCGAUGAAACUACUAUGUAUAGUACCAAGACACAACAUGGUAGUGAAAGUGAUACUCAAAGAGAUGCUGAAGUUCCACAGAAUACCUUACAAGCCAGGCGCAGUCUACCAAACCGAACCAAGAAAUCAAUCAAAAUCAUCGAAAUAUCAGUACCAUAUGACAACAACAUUGUUAAAAGAAGCCGAGAUAAGAUUGAAAAAUACCAACCACUAGCAGCCGCACUUAAGAAGAGUAACCCAGACCACAAUGUAGCAGUCAUACCUAUAAUCAUUGGUGCCUUUGUCAAGACAAUGAAUUCUAAUAAUCAAGAUAAUAAUAAUAAUAAUAAUAAUAAUAAUAAUAAUAAUAAUAGAGUUUCAAUAAGUUGUAUUCAUGAUAAUAAUCAUAAUAUAAUAUGUUUAAGUUGUAAAAUUUUGUUGUGUGAAGUUUGUUGGGAAGAACAAAAACAACUACAUGGAGAUCAUAAAUUUGAAGAAUUAAAGCGCAUGAAAGGUGUUUUGUUUCAACCUCCAGACUUGAUUCUUCAUAUCAAUUCAAAUCAUAACGAUAUCAACUGCUACGCCGAGCCUGAAUUUCCCCCCCAACCCAUCCGUCCAGAAGCACUGAUUGCCACGAUUGUUGAAUCUCCUUCGCUUAGAGACUUCAUUCAACAAUACUCCAAUUCGUUCUUCCUUUUCGAAUACUCAGAAGCUAGCCAAUUGAAUUUAUCGAUUUCCCAGAAAAUCUUGGAAUACUGUGAAGAAUACACUUCAGAACAUUCAGGUCAAGCUCAAAAGGAUCAACUUAAUCUUUCUUUUGACCAAAACCUUUUAAGUCAAUCGAAAUCACUUCUAAGUAGAUCCAUCUCUCUUUCAAAAGAACCAGACUUUUCUCAAUCCAACGAAGUACCAGAGGAAGAAGAAGAAGAAGAUGUUGUUGAAGUAGAGGUGAAGAGUAUUACUUCUGAAUCUACUACAAACCAAAACAACAUCCAUUCCUCUUUAGAUCAAGUAUCAAUGGGAGGAUCAGCAUCAUCCAAUUCCGUUAUCGCAGUCGAUUCUCCAUUAGACAAUCUCGGUGGAGCAUCGUCAGCCAGUCCACUCUCAAGUCCACCACUUGUAUCGUCAUGGGUACCAAGUAGAAGUCCACGCAAAAUUCAUCUUUCAAACCCCAGUCAACCUAGAUUUUCGUCUUUUUUAGCAUACCCUCCAAUAUCCACUGAAAGCAGCCAUAAUUCUUUCAACUCGAACAGUACAACCUCACCAGGAAAAUACAUCUUUUCAACACAUCAGAAAAAAGGUGCAACUCUCAUCGAUUUAAAAAACAACUAUGCCAGUGAACAAUUGUACUUUAAUAAUAAUGAAUUCGAAUUAACAUUCAACUCGAUGGCUGUCGUUGGUAACCUAGUAUACAUAUUUAGUGGAUCUAAAUUCCACAGAUUCUCCCUGGAAACAAAGACCAUCGAUCAAAGUGGUGAUAUUGUUGGUGAUGCCGGUUGCUGCAUUUCUGCAUGUCAUGAUGGUCAAAACUACAUCUAUCUGAUCGGUGUAAUUGCGUUCAACAUUGAAAGAAAGACAUCGAUGAUCAUCCAAUGUGCUGAAUUUUUAGAACAUCCUGCUGCUGCUUGCUCCGAUGGCAAUGGAAUGAUCUACGUUCUAUCGCACGAAGGUAAAUUCAUAAGAUUCUGCAUCGACUCAAUGUUGAAUGGUGUAGACAAUUUAAAGGACACAAUAGAGUUGGCAUACUUUACUUCAAUGGUUUAUGACAGAAUAUCGGAAAGCGAGAGUUAUAUCUACUUAAUGGGUGGAGAGGUUCAUCAGAAUCUAAGAUACUCCAUCGAAAAUAAUGAAUGGGUAAACUUCUAUGCCGAUCAAUUCCCAAGAUGUUUAACUGGAUCAGUAAUAAUUUAA